GAGUCCCCGCUUCCUCCUCAGAGGGCAGCAGCGGAGCGUCUCGGGGACGCAUGCGUCCCAACUUGCGCCCGGGGAAUUAGAGAGAAGAAAAGCCCCGACAAAACCCGCGCCCCAAACAAAACCCAAGUGGAAGGAAGCGCGCGGCCCUGCAGCCCCGGGGCCGCGAAGGCGCCUCCCGCCUGGCCCGCGUCCCCGGCCGCGGCGUGAUGCGCACGGACCGGCCCGCGACGCCCUGGCCGCCGCUGUCCCCGCACCUGGACGCCGGUCCGGUGGCCGCGCCCCAGCCGACUGCCUCGGAGUCGCCCGGCGCCGGCGGGGCACCUCGCUCUCCAUGGGGCUGAGGGACUGGCUGAGGACCGCGUGCUGCUGCUGCCCGUGCAAGUGCCUGGAGGAGCCCGCCGUGCCCGAGAAGGAGCCCCUGGUCAGUGGUAACAAUCCGUAUUCUUCGUUUGGAGCCACGCUGGCCAGGGAUGAUGAAAAGAAUUUGUGGAGUAUGCCUCACGACGUGUCCCAUACGGAGGCAGAUGACGACAGGGUCCUUUACAACUUGAUUGUCGUUCGUAAUCAGCAGGCCAAAGAUUCAGAGGAGUGGCAAAAACUCAACUAUGAUAUCUACACCCUGCGACAGAUUCGAAGGGAAGUGAGAAAUAGAUGGAAACGCAUUUUAGAAGAUUUAGGUUUUCAAAAGGAAGCAGACUCUUUGCUGUCAGUGACAAAACUCAGCACCAUCAGUGAUUCUAAAAACACAAGGAAAGCUCGGGAGAUAUUGUUGAGACUGGCUGAAGAGACCAGUAUUUUCCCAACCAGUUGGGAGCUCUCGGAGAGAUAUCUCUUUGUUGUGGACCGUCUCAUUGCACUUGAUGCUGCAGAAGAGUUCUUUAAAAUUGCCAGUCGAACUUACCCCAGGAAACCUGGGGUCCCAUGCCUGGCAGAUGGCCAGAAAGAACUGCACUACCUUCCCUUUCCAAGUCCCUAAAGGAAAGGCUUCAAGGCAGAAUGGGAAUUCUUCCACUGGACCUCAACAGCCAACCAAAGUUGGACAAAUGCAUGUAAAAGAGAAUGAGCAAGAAGAGGGCUGGCUCAGAGAGAAAGGAUUCUGAAUCCAACAAAAAUCUAAGGGUUUGGAUAUCUGGUCCUCAUGAGGACUUGAGUCUAUGAAAUAUGUUGAGGUUGCAUUGAAACACUCUGAUCAUCUUGCAUCAGAGAGUUGGUCAGUGGGGUAUUUCAUCAUGGGUGAUUAGAUUCCAAGAACCCAUUGCCCCUGUUUUGGUUUUGGUUGUACAGUAGCUCUAACCACUAAUCCUGUGGGGAGAAUAGGAUGUUCUAGUUAAUAAAAUAAGAUUAAUAGAACUAUCAUUGGGCUCAAAAUAUGGAUUACCCAUUUUUAAAUAAUUGUUAUAUAAUAAAGGCUAACACCAGAAUAAUACCAGGCAUGAUGUGACCUUUCUUUGAUUUGGAAGUACCUACGGAACCUAGGAAGUGUUUGAGGCACCAUUUUGAGAUUAUUCAGAAGUUUAGAUGUACCAAAUAAGAGAAAUAUCUAGGAGUGCUGCUCAGAAGUGAGUCCUAAAUAGAGAAUGAUCCUGAGAAGAACUUCCUGCAGCUAAGCCUAAAAGCCUCUGUCUUCAGGUGUGGUACAAGCAUCUUAUUGAUAUAUUCUCAACAUUAUUGAUCUCUGGUUACCUCAUUUUUGCAUAUUGUCCAGCUCUAGUCCACAAACUCUUGAUAUUUUUGGGGGGAUAGCAUCUAUUUGACCUUCACUGUCCUCAGCCUGUUUUAACCAGCUUAUUGGCCGAGAGUUGCACCGGCCCACGGACCUCUGAUGCAGAUUUUCAGCUCCGCAGGCUGUGUUGCAUUGAGGAAGGUCAUUGCUGGACUUUCUUCCAUCCUGGAGAUGAUUUUCAAAGUGGAGCAAUUCUGUCAGUGUAGUUUGUGUCUGUCCACAGAGUGAGCAGCCCAGCUUCAAAAGUUAACUGUCACUUAGGCAAGGAGCUUGCCAUGAAAUCAGGGUUCAUUUUAUUGAAAAGACUUCCAGAGCUUGUCAGAUUUAUCAGUAGAGUGCUGAGGACAAUAGCAAUAUUUUUCCUUUUACAGAUUUUACUUUUCUGACUUCAGGUUAAAAAGUAACUUGUAUUUAGUCUGUGCAGGGGUUUGUGACUUGAACAUUUCCCUACCCUGAUUAGCUCUCUUGGUAGCGAACGUAAUGUUUAAAAUAUUUGUUAGAGGAGAUACAGGUUCUUCGUUUAUGAGCGCGUUGCAAUUUAACUGACAUGUUUCUGGAAAAUUCUUCCUAGUUAAAUAAGUAAACUAAGAGUUUUAUUUUUUAAAAUAAAAAAUACAUUUUUAUUUUGUUUUAUUUAGUACUUAAUAACUCUCUUACGUUGUUUAAAAUUAGUCUGCAAAUAUUUCCGCUCACAUCUGUAGGCUCUUGCAAGAUAAACAUUACAAACAGUGAGACAAACAACAAAAACAAACAAUAAAUUAAACCAAAAGAAUCUUUGAAAAUCAUAUUGUUUUCAUCUUUGUCCUUGGAAUUUGUGUUUUGUCUUUCUGCCUUUUUUGAUGUCAAAAUAGAUGAGAUUGUUUGCAUCUAUGGAGAAUAAAUUGUAACCAUAGUCUUUAUUUUUGGUAAUGAGUAAGUAAGGAUAAAAUUGUCUCUAUGACUAUAAAAACUCACGAAAUUAUCCAGGAAAUUUUCCUUGCAAAGAAUUAAAAGGUUUCUAUAUUUA